AUCCUGGACAGCAACGGUACUACAGCUAAUAGUGAAGUAGUUGUGAAGAGAAUGGGUGCGCUUGCUGACAAACCGUGGGUAGAUUUUUGCAAGACAAAAUACAAGGAGGAUUGGGAAGAUAAGUAUUCCGAGUUGCAGUCAUUGUGGAUGUCCCAUAUAAGCGAUUCCAAUUGGUAUCCGUUCAGGGUUGUAGAAAAGGGGCGUGGGCAUGAGCAUAUUGUCGAUGAGAGUGAUGAAAAGUUGAGAGAUCUUAGAAAUGAAAUGGGAUACGAAGUCUGCAUGUCUGUUGUUGAAGCCUUAAAAGAAAUAAUCGAGUACAAUGGAAGUGGACGGUACCCAGUACCAGAACUGUGGCAUGCAAAGGAGAGGCGGCCAGCCACCCUGAGAGAGGCCAUCUUAUACCUUUGUCGGAACUCAAAGAGGAGAAAGGUAGCAAGAACUUGACAUCAUUGUAUCUAAAUAGCAUCCAUAUAAACUUAGUAUAUAUACGUUGGUUGCCAUCACGUGUAUCUUUGGCAGUUUAUAUUUAUAUUAGAGUGGCAAUUAGGUAUAGAACUGACUCCGUGCAAAGUCUCAAGACCUUUUAGGUGCUCUUUCGAUAUACUGAUAAUUGUAUGUGAAAUAAUCGGUUUAAAUGGAUGAUUGGGUACUACUAUCAAGUGCUUGUAUUACUAGGGGAGAAAACCUCAUGAAUUAAUUGAAAUGGGUUGAUUUGAUACUAGUUCA